AUGUCUGUCCGAGCACUUCUGGCCUCGGCCCUGCUUGCUGCCGGCAGCAUGGCCCAGCUCACGGGCUCCGUCGGCCCGCUGACGACGUCUGCCCAAAAGGCCGCCGUCAAGGUGUGCAACAUUCUUGACUACGGCGGUGUUGCCAGCGUCGACACCGACAACGGCGCUGCCAUCACGGCCGCCUGGUCUGCCUGUGCCUCGGGUGGCCAGGUCUACAUUCCAGCCGGUGACUACGGUCUCGCCACCUGGGUCUCGCUCAAGCACGGCACCGGUGUCUCGAUCAACAUCGAGGGCACCAUCCACCGCACAGGCACGGGCGGCGGCAACAUGAUCUUCAUCCAGCUCAGCACAGAUCUGGAGAUCUACAGCGCUACGUCGACGGGUGCCAUCCAGGCCCUCGGCUACGAGUUCCACAAAAACGGCGAGUACGGUGCGCGCAUUCUGCGUCUGUACAAGACGUCCAACUUUAGCAUCCACGAUAUCGCCCUUGUCGACUCUCCCCAGUUCCAUCUGACCCUCGAUACCUGCACGAGCGGUGAGGUCUACAACACUGUCAUCCACGGCGGCUACGAGGGCGGUCUGGACGGCAUCGACGUGUCCGGAAGUAACAUCUGGAUCCACGACGUUGAGGUGUCCAACAAGGACGAGUGUGUCACGGUCAAGAACCCUUCCUCGAACCUCCUGAUCGAGUCUGUCCACUGCAACUGGUCUGGUGGCUGCGGCAUGGGCUCUCUGCCGACGGGCACUAACAUCCACGACAUUGAGUAUCGCAACAUCUACACGCACCACUCCAACAACAUGUACAUGAUCAAGUCGAACGGUGGCGAUGGCACGGUCUACAACUUGGCGCUCAACAACUUUAUCGGCCACACGAACGCGUACAUGCUGCUGAUGGACACGGCCUGGUCCAAGCAGGCCGUCGGCAGCGGCAACGGCGUCGUCUACCACGACAUCUCCGUCAACGAGUGGCACGGAACCGCCCAGAACGGCGUGCAGCGCGCUCCGGUGCGCCUGCUCUGCCCGGCCCUGGCGCCCUGCUACGACGUCAACAUCACCAACUUCUCCGUCUCGAGCGAGGCCGCCUCCAAGGAGCUGUAUAUCUGCCAGAACGCCUAUGGUGAAGGUGCCUGUCUGAAAGAGCUCGAGGCCGGCGCCACCUCGGCUACCGCCUCGUAUGCUGCCACCACCCACCCCCGGACCGUCGCCAGCCCGGCCUUCGCCACUAUGGCCAACGAGCUGGCCAGCGGCUUCGACAUCUCCUCGCCCAUCCCCAUCCCGACCAUCCCGGCCUCCUUCUUCCCCGGAAUCGCACCCAAACCGUCUGCGUUCGGCAGCUGGUCCGGCCGCUGGAACACGGGCUUUAAGGGCAAGAAGGCUGAGUAG